AUGGCCUCCUCAAUGUGCGGUCCCACGAACGCGCUCUCCUCGCUCAAGAACCACACAACAGCCGACCGCUCCCUGCAACAGGACCGAGUCCACACGCCCGCCUCUUCAUCCCAGCCCUUCCGCACGCAACAGCAAAAGCGCGCGCUCGACAGCGAAUUCGACCAGUUCACCGCGAACGCCGGGUCAAUACCCCAACUCCAGCAUGCGCCGCCCCCAGCCCUCCAGCAGCACCACGCACCGGCCUGGGCCUCCGACUUCCAGCGCCUGCACAUUGGUGCGCCCCCGCCGUUACUUCUCCAUCAGCAGCCACAGCAACAGCAACAGCAGCAGUGGGGAGGCGGGUGGCAUGAGGAGUUCAUGAUGCAGCAGCAGCAAGCGGCGCCGGUAGUUGAGCAGCAGGCGCAGUAUAUGAGGACGCCAGCCAUGGGCAUGGGUAUGGGCGGGAUGUACAGCCCUAUGAGUCCUGUGUAUAUGGGCGGAAUGGCGAGCCCAGGGUUGAUGCAGCAGAACAGCGCCCAGCAGAACGAUGUGCAGGCGCAAUUUGACGAUGCGGCGUUCGAGCAGGCGUUCGAAGCUGCAAGAGCGCAGCUUGCGGAGUCUGAGCCUGUGCUAGAAGAGAAGAGGGUAGUGGAGGCGGUGCCGGUGCCGGUGGUGGUAGAAGAGGUCAACAAGGUAGAGGAGGUGAAGGACAAGGAGCACGAUUCCGACGAGCUGGCGAGGACGGCGGCACAGCUGCUGGAGUCGCUGAGUGGGAACCAGUCUAGAAAGUUCCAGGAUAGCACAUUCCUGGCGCUGAUGAGACGGUUGAGGGAUCGGGAAGUGAGGGUCGAGGGGGACAAGAUGGUUGAGGUUGAGGUUGGGCCGGAGGAAGCGCUGCAUGUAAUUGAUGAGACAGUCCUUCAAGCAAAUGAGAUGGUACACCAGCACACAAAUUUCCAACAAGCACCUUCCCUCCAAGCAAAACAUCCCCAAUCCAGCGCGUCCUCCCGCUCACCCCGUCCAGCUAGAACCAGAGUAUCAUUUGCUUUUGGCUCAUUCGCAGCUUUGUCGUCUCACGCUCACCCGCUGCAGUCCCCAUUGCUUGCUGUACAGGCCUCUCAGGCUCAGGCUCAAUCACCCGCCGCAUCGACUACGACCACCACCUCGCAACCUUAUUCAUCUACGCUGCCAACCACGACUUCAACCUCACCUCCCCCUUCUCCCAUCACCACCACCUCACCACCCCCUACCCCCUACCACCCCACAACUCUGCCGCCCCUCCGAGGAAGAAAAUCCUCCUCUGCCUUCUCUGCCUCGUCCUCCUCCUCCCCUUCCUCACCACCCCCUCACCACGAAGAAAAGUCCAAGGCGCCACCCCCAGCAGGAAACGCUUCGCCAUCCCCUUUGUACACCAACCAGGACCCGGAACCCCCUCCGCCGCCCUACACAGAAUCUUCUUCCCCGCUACCCGAGUUCGCUUUCUGCAUGGCUGCCGCAGGAGGUUCCGCCUCCAUUAUCACCCAGGUCCAGCAAGGGGGGCCUCAACUUGCUACACUAGGUGAUAAUGUGAACAAUGACGAGAACUUGACGUUGGACCUUCGGGGAACCCAAUUCGUUCUUUCUCGCGACGAGCUUCUAACGCUCCCGGAGUUCGUCCUGCUGUCGCUCUUCCCGAACGGCCUGUUCCCAGAUGGCCAGGUCAACCAAUUCCAGGAGGAUGGUGUGUACUCGGUAGACUUCGACCCCGUAUGCCUCCAGUACAUGUUGGACUUCUUCCGCCAAGUCUCUGCCACCAUUACGGCCACCGCGGCCGCAGCAGCAGCCUCCAGUGAGGACGACGAAGAUCUCGAGAACGGCGCCUCGCCAUCAAGCCCCAGCAAUGUUCUGCAGGACCGCGCUGGUAUCAUCGUCUUGCGCGAGGAUCUCGACUUUUACGUCAUCCCGCCCCGAAGAGACAUCAGCCAUCCAGAGAUGAUGGUCGUGAAGCGCAGCGCCGGGAAUGUCCUACUGAAGCAGGACGGAAUCUUUUCAGGGUUGCGGAGGACGGAUGAUGCCGGGACGACAGAGCAGCAUCUCAUUGAGAUGUUGACGGCGGGCGGCUUCAACCCAGAUGACACCUGGGGACAUCGCGCGGGUGAGCCGAACAAGGCGGUUAUCUGUAGUUUGGCGUUAGCCAGGUUGAGGACGGAUAUGAGGAAUGCUUCGGGUGAGGGGAAAGACAGCAAUGCGGUGGGGAUGGCGCAGAAGCUACUUCUCUUCUGGAGGAAGCCGGCGAGACGUUGCUGGUGGGAAGGUAUGGAGCUAGAGGGUGUGGAGGGUGUAGAGGGGAAACUAAAGGUUUGGAUCCGGCGUGUCUGGACCCUAGAAAUGGUACGCUCCCUCAACAUGUCGGGACUUGGGGCAAUAGCGAACAUGCGCAACCAGCCUAGAAUUUCGCUAUUGACCCAAGUGCUGUAUCCCCCAAUUUGA